GUACAGUACUCUUUACUUGCCUUUCAAAGAUUCGACGCCACACAUGCCGCCGCCGCCGUCGUCGAUGAGUGUGGACAUCUUCACCGCUGCGUCCACAGGAGAGAUGGAAACGCUAGAACGUCUAUUGCUUACGGCGGACUCGACGGAGGUGAACGCGACCACAGUCCACAACAGGCGCCGCGUGACUGCGAUGGAACAAGCCAUGAAUAAUGGACAUUGGGAGGUUGUGCACAUGCUGUGGGCGCAUCCGUCUGUGGCCGACGACUCUCGCGACAAGAGCUUUAAGAACCUGCUCAAGAGCCAGAAACAUGAGCAUGCUGCCAACGUGCUCAACACAGUUCCGUCAUCCAUGUGGAAGUGUCGGUUGGUCGUCGCCUCCACCGAUGGCGACAACGCUCUGGCAUGUCUGGCGCCAUACUUGUCAUUGGGAACAUUUGUCGACAUUCUUCUACUCGACCUCCCCUUUCGCGUCGCCUUCGCCGACAAUAACCACAGCAAUGCGUCGGCGGUCGUGCUAGAGGACAAUCCUGGCCACUCAUUCACGUGGGCGGCGUUCGUACACCCAGAUCUUCCCGUCGCCGACGACGUGUCCAAGGUCGCCGUGGUCGCCGCCAUGUUGAACCACCCAUCGCUUCAUGCUGUGCCCCGCGCCGACGUCGUCCGACGACUCAUGACAUCCACAGACCAUGACGACCGCGCCACCAUCGACAUGGCCGACAAACUCGUUCGGGAAUACCUGACUUCGCAACAGUACUUUUUAACCCGAUACGAACUCGUGGACGGACCCCCCGUGCAUGUGAGCGCGACCGCGGUCGUCUUGCUCGCCAUCGAUCACGGUAUCUUUGACCAAGUGUUUGACGAAUAUGCUGGCGAUGAUGGAUGCUUGGACUUGAACGGGUUCAACAGCUGCAACAUCACCCUUGGGCGUGUACAUGCGGAUUCUAGGGGACACAAGGUUAAAUUGGCUCGAUAUUUGGCAACAUAUGGAUAAUUCUCCAGAUCUUGGGAUCCAGACAGAGAAUAUUUCUCUUUUCUUUUGCCGAUUGGUUCGAAAUUGCCAAAAUUCCGACGAUUUUGGCCCUUUGACAUCCAAACCCACAUCUCGUUUUAUGAUAUGGCGCGCGAAACGAUAGUUUUCGUAUG